AUGAGUGAUUCAGUUAAUGCAAGAGAAUCAAAUGUUUACAUGGCCAAAUUGGCAGAGCAAGCUGAACGUUAUGAUGAAAUGGCCAAGUACAUGAAGGAUGUUGUGGAGGCUAGACAAGAAUCAGAAGAACUUACUGUGGAAGAAAGAAACUUGCUUAGCGUUGCUUAUAAGAAUGCAGUUGGAUCUAGAAGAUCUUCAUGGAGAAUUAUUUCUUCAGUAGAGCAAAAGGAACACAGCAGAAAUGCUGAGGAUGCCAGCAAGAUGUGUGGCAAAUAUAGAAGUAAGGUCGAGGCUGAGCUUACAGACAUUUGCAAUGACAUCUUAACCAUGCUUGACAAACACUUGAUUCCCACAGCAACAAGCCCAGAUAGCAAAGUUUUCUACUUUAAGAUGAAGGGAGAUUAUCACAGAUAUAUCUCCGAGUUUUCUACAGGAGAUUCCAAACAGAGCUCUGCUGAGGAUGCCUUAAAGGCUUACAAGGAUGCCACUGUUGUUGCCAAGGAUUUGGAGCCAACUCACCCAAUUAGACUUGGCUUGGCUUUGAACUUUUCAGUAUUCCACUACGAAAUAUUGAAUGAACCAAGAGCAGCUAUAGAUAUGGCCAAGGAAGCUUUUGAAAUGGCCAUCGAACAAUUAGACAAGUUAUCUGAAGAUUGCUAUAAGGACUCUACCUUGAUUAUGCAACUCUUGAGAGACAACUUGACAUUGUGGACUGCUGAUUUGGGAGCAUCCGGAGAAGCAGAAGGCGCUCCAGAAGCAUCAUAA